UAUGAAAUGGGGUUGACAAAAUCAAAUCUUUCUAAAAUCCCAAAUGCCGAGGAUUUAAUGCAAGAAACCGGCUUUUCUGCAGCACAAAUCGUUCGCCUGUAUGAUCGUUAUGAAGCUCUGGAUAGAGACGAUAAGGGCCAUCUUAGUCCUGCAGACUUUGCAGCGAUCAAGGAGUUGGCCAUGAAUCCCAUAUGUGAUAGAAUAAUCGGGGCCUUCUUCUCUUCAGGACAGGAAAUCCUAGACUUCCCGUCUUUUGUGAGAAUCUUGGCACAUUUUCGUCCCACUGACAAGAACAGACCUAAAGACUCGAACGCACCUGACCCCUAUAACAACAGGAACAGCAAACUGAAAUUUGUUUUUCAGUUAUAUGAUUUGGACAAAGAUGGCAAGAUUUCCAGAACUGAACUUCAACAGGUUUUACGGGCCAUGCUAGAGAUGCAGGUAACUGAGGAACAACUGGAGUGUAUAGUAGACCGCACUUUACAAGAAGCUGACCUGGACAAUGAUGAUGCUAUAUCCUUUGAGGAGUUUCGAAAGUCUCUGGAAAAGGUGAACAUUGACCACAAGAUGAGCAUCCGUUUCUUGCGCUAGAGCAGCGGGCCGGCAAGAGGAAAGAAGUUUCCUACUGUUAAAGUAUGAAGAGGUGUUCCUUGUCCUGCACUACAAACUACAUACAAAAAUAUUAAGAAUGUCUUAUUUUACAACCCCAAAUCAGAAAAAGUUGGGACAGCAUGGAAAAUGCAAAUAAUACAAUUUACUUUGACUUGUAUUUCAUUGCAGACAGGGUGAACCUGAGAUAUUUCAUGUUUAGUCUGCACUGAUGAUACCAAGUGAUUUAGUGUUUCAGCUUUUUUUUUUGUCCCAUUCUUCCUGCAAACACGUCUCAAGAUGUGCAACAGUACAGGAUCGUCGUUGUUGCAUUUUUUCUUUUAAAAUUCUCCACACAUUCUCUAUUAGGGACAGAUCAGGACUGCAGGCAGGCCAGUCCAGUACCCGUACCCGUACCCUUUUCUUCCACAGCCAUGUCUUUGUAAUGUGUGCAGCAUGUGGUUUUGCAUCGUCUUGUUGAAAAAUACAUGGACGUCCUUGGAAAAGAUGACGUCUUGAAGGCAGCACAUGUUUCUCUAAGAUCUCAAUGUACUUUUCCGCAUUAAUGCUGCCAUCACAGAAGUGUUAAUGACCUUUGACAAGGGCACUGACACAGCCCCAUACCAUGACAGACCCUGGCUUUUGGACUUGUUGCUGAUAACAGUCUGGAUGGUCCUUUUCAUCUUUGGUCCGGAGCACUUUCCAAUAAAGACCUGGAAUGCUGAUUCAUCUGACCACAAUACACGUUUCCUCUGUGUGAUGGUCCAUCCUAGAUGCCUCCGAGCCCAGAAAAGCCAACGCCGCUUCUGGACAUGGUUAACAUAAGGCUUCUUUUUUGCACAGUAAAGUUUUAAGU